AUGCUCUUCCCACGUGUUCUUGGCUCUUUCGCAGCCUUCAUUUCGCUCGCCAAGGCUGUCGAUCUCACCGGCUAUGAAUACGUUGUGGUUGGCUCGGGUGCCGGUGGUGGCCCAUUGGCUGCCCGUCUAGCCCUCGCUGGCCACAAGACUCUUCUCAUCGAGGCUGGUGACGAUCAGGGUGCCAACGUCAACUACACUGUGCCAGCUUUCAGUGCCAGAUCUUCCGAGGACGCCAACCUCAGCUGGAACUUCUACGUCAAGCACUACGCCGACGAGACGAGGCAGGCUCGCGACUUCAAGACCAGCUAUGCAACUCUCGAUGGUGGCGAGUACACUGGUCUUAGCCCACCCGAAGGCUCCACCAUGAAGGGCACUCUAUACCCCCGUACUGGUACCCUCGGAGGCUGCACAGCUCACAAUGCUCUCAUUGCCGUCUACCCUCACCAGUCUGACUUUGAGAACAUCCAGAAGCUCACUGGAGAUGACUCUUGGGCACCUUCCAACAUGCGCAAGUACUUUGAGAAGUUGGAAAAGAACCAGUAUCUUAUUCCCGGCACGGGAGCCCAUGGCUACAAGGGCUGGCUUAACACCGAGUACGCACCCAUCGACAUUGUCACCAGCGACCCCAAGCUCCUCAGCCUCGUUGGUGGUGCUGCUUUUGCCCUUGGUAAUGCCACCAAUGCUAUUGUCAACCUUGCCACUCUCAUCGCUGGUGACGCCAAUGCCGACUCCAAGGAACGCGAUGCUGGCCCUGGUCUCUACCAGAUCCCCAUCUCCACCAACGGUGGUAAGCGUACUGGAUCCCGCGAAUUCGUCCUGGCUGUUCGCGAUGCUAAGAAUACAAACGGCACCAAGAGGUACCCUCUCGACGUCAGACUGAACUGCCAUGUCACGAAGGUUCUUUUCGACCAGAACGUCUCACCUCCCCGCGCUACUGGUGUUGAGUUCCUCGAUGGCCAGUACCUCUACAAGGCCAGCCCCAAGUCAUCUGGCGCAACUGGAGUCCCCGGAUCCGCAAAGGCCUCUCGCGAAGUCAUUCUCGCCGGUGGAACCUACAACUCUCCCCAGCUCCUCAAGCUCAGUGGUGUCGGACCUGCCGACGAGCUGAAGAAGUUCAAUAUCCCUGUCAUUGCCGACCGCCCUGGUGUAGGCACCAACCUUCAGGACCACUACGAGAUCAACGUCCAGGGCAAAGCGCCCUCAAACUUCUCAGCGCUCGAAGGCUGCACCUUUGACGGAAGCUCCGCUGACAAGUGUAUUGAUCGCUGGAACUCCCCCAUCCUAGGCAACCGCGGCAUCUACGCUUCCCCCGGACUCGGCGCCACCAUGCUCUACCAGUCAAGCGUCUCCGAUAACAACGACUACGACAUUUUCGCCUUUGGCGGCCCCGUCAACUUCCGCGGCUACUUCCCCGGCUAUGCCUUCAACGCUACCAGCGAGCACGACUGGUUCACCUGGGCCAUCCUCAAGGCGCACCCGCGCAACAACGCCGGAACAGUCACCCUUCGCUCCGCCGAUCCCCUCGAUGUACCCGAUAUCACCUACAACUACUUCGAUACCGGCGUUGGCGACUACCAAAAGGAUCUUACUGCCCUCACCGAAGCCGUAAACCUCGCCCGCGACUCUUUCCGCCGCCAGCUCGUCCCCAUCAAGGAAGUCCUCCCCGGCUCUGAUGUCAACACCCCCGAGAAGAUUGCACAGUACGCCAAGGACACUGCCUGGGGACACCACGCUUCUUCCACUUGCCCCAUUGGCGCCGACGACGACAAGAUGGCUGUGCUUGACUCCAAGUUCCAGGUUCGUGGUGUUGCGGGUCUGAGGGUCGUGGAUGCCAGUGUUUUCCCCAAGAUCCCCGGUACCUUCACUGCGGUUUCAACCUACAUGGUUGCGGAGAAGGCGGCGGAUGAUAUUCUCAAGGGUCUCCAGUAA